AUGGCAGACGCUCCGAGCAUCGAUUUUUCCGUGCAGUUGCACAGCAUACGAGAGGAGUAUUCCAAGAAAAGAGACUCAACCAAUCUUUUCUCACCAACUGGGCGAGAAUUGAUCAACACACGCAAAGAGUUCAUGGGUACUACACUCUAUUCCAUUUUCUGGUAUAGGAAUGGUACCGACGCUCGUCAAUAUGUCCGGCUGGCCGACGUUGCCGGUACACUCUCUGGAGAAAUCUUGCGUCUGAACCGAGAGCUGCCCGAGCGAGAUGAUGAUUACGAAAUUGUCGGCGAUCAGAUUCGUCCUCUCAAGCAGGCUCCGCCGCCUCCUCCAGAGGAGCCAGAUGGCUCCGAUGAUCUCAGUCAAAUUCUUGAGCGGCUUCCUGUCGUUCAAGUCGAUGACGGCAAACAUUUCAUGAAGCAGAGUAGAUAUGACAGCGAAGUUCGAAACCUACUCAAGUGUCAGGGAGAAUCCUGUCCAGGGAGCCCCGCGUCUGAGCACAUUAUCCAGUUGCUCGGGAAGUCGCCAGAUGGAAAGCUUGUCUUUGAGAAGUUCAAACCACGGUAUCUCGUUCUUGGACAAGUUCACGCCCUAUCUACCUACCUAGCCUGGAUCCUACAGCUGAUAUCCGGGCUCAAGUCCCUUCACCUACUCGACAUUGUGCACCGCGACCUGCGCAUCGACAACCUAGUGUUUUCUGAUGACUAUUCCAAGAUUAUAAUCAUCGACAUAGAAAGCCACUGGGGAAUUCGCCAGGCUCCCGAGCUAUCACGCGAUCCCGAUGUGGAUCCUGGAUGGAAUGAGAAGUCAGAUAUCUAUGAUUUAGGUAACGUCAUUAGGCACAUGGUACUUGGGAAUGCUCCGAUCACAGACCAAGUUAAGAUUCCUGUUCCUUCACCUUUGGAUCGCAUUGUGGAGGCUUGUACAAAUUCUUCGCCAGAGAAACGACCGAGUCUAGAUGAACUCCACCAAAUGGUUUCAGAGCUUAAUGAUAUCAAAGAGUGCGUGCUAUCCACCGAUGAUGCUGUUCACCAGGCUGGCUUUUCAAACCAGGGAACAGUUGCCAUUAUUGCGUGA